GCCGGAGACCUGGGGUUGGGCAGAGCCCAGUGCCGUGCAACUUUCAAGUGAGCUGCAAACUCCUCCCCGGGGCUGGUGCCUGAGGCCCGGCGCGCCAGGGCCGCGGAUACUCGCUCGAGCGCAGGCUGUGACCCGCCACCCCUGGCCCGGGACCCACAGCGCCCCCAGCAAGGGCCGAACGCCUGGUUCUCCGGGGCAGGAAGUGCGGGUCGGAGCCGUAACUGCCAGAGCGGCGCGGCGGGGCGGAAGAGCGUGCCGGCCGCUACCGGCUCCCACGUGCCUGCCGUGGCCUGCCCCGGCCCGCUGGUCUCCCAGUUCUUCAGGCUCCGGUACGGCGGAGUUAGUGGGCAGCGGGCUCCGCCUCCACCAAGGGGCCGCCCGAGCGCCCCUGUGGUUCCCACACCUCCACUGUUAAUCCCACCCCAGCCUCGGCGUGAGCGUCCCCCUGGGCGUCUUCCUGGAGGGUUCUCCCUUCGCUCCCAGGGCUGCAGGAUGGUGUCCUGGAUGAUCUGUCGCCUGGUCGUGCUGGUGUUUGGGAUGCUGUACCCAGCUUAUGCUUCCUACAAGGCUGUGAAGACCAAGAACAUUCGCGAUUACGUCCGGUGGAUGAUGUACUGGAUCGUCUUUGCACUCUUCAUGGCGGUGGAGACCUUCACAGACAUCUUUGUUUCCUGGUUCCCUUUCUACUACGAGAUCAAGAUGGCAUUUGUGCUGUGGCUGCUUUCGCCUUACACCAAGGGGGCCAGCCUGCUUUACCGAAAGUUUGUCCACCCAUCCUUGUCUCGCCAUGAGAAGGAGAUCGACACCUACAUUGUGCAGGCCAAGGAGCGCAGCUACGAGACAGUGCUCAGCUUUGGGAAGCGGGGCCUCAACAUUGCCGCCUCGGCCGCUGUGCAGGCUGCCACUAAGAGUCAGGGUGCCCUGGCUGGAAGGCUGCGGAGCUUCUCCAUGCAGGACCUGCGCACCAUUCCCGACACCCCUGCCCCCAACUACCAGGAUCCCCUCUACCUGGAGGACCAGGUGCCCCGCCACAGGCCACCCAUCGGGUACCGAGCAGGGGGCCUGCGGGACAGUGACAGCGAAGAUGAGUGCUGGUCAGAUACAGAAGCGGUCCCCCAGCCGUCAGCGCGGCCCCGAGAGAAGCCUCUGGGCCGCAGCCAGAGCCUGCGUGUGGUCAAGAGGAAGCCGCUGGUGCGGAAGGGCACCUCGCGCUCCCUGAAGGUUCGGACGAGGAAAAAGACGGUGCCCUCAGACAUGGACAGCUAGGGGCUGUGGAUCCUGGCCUAGUCUUACCUUGUGCCCUGCAGGGCACUGGGGCUGUUUGGAGGGGACCUCUGGCUGCGCGUCUGGCCUGCCUGCACCAGCUGCCUGGGUGCUGCCCUCCCGGCUCUUGCUGUCGGCUACGGGCCGUGUACGGGGCUGAACCCAUGAUGGCCCAGAGCAGGCUAGGCUUACGGUUCUAUUUAUUGCCUUUCUCGCCCCUCUGUAUUCCCAGGUGUGGGACCAGAGCCCUCCCCAGACCCCUGCAAAAUGAAACUCGAAGCCCACCCAACUGUGUUCAUUCCUUCUUGUCCUUCAAAGUACUUGACAGCCUUCUCCAAGGCCGUGUGUGUGUCCUGGUUGUACGGUUUGUGUUGGUGAAUGAGGCCAGGUUUGUGGAAGUUUUGAUAAAUAAAUGCGUAAAAGUG